UUCAGGCGAGGGGGGUGAAGCCGGAGAAGUGAAGGGAAUCAGCUUGCGGCCAUCUUGGUCCUUCAUAAAUAUAUGUAGACUCAGGCUAUUCACCCGCCGUCGUACGGCGUCAUUUUAACACAUUUGUGAAGGAAGCCUUGCUGCUUGCUGCAUUUACUUCUGCGUCGCGUGACUUCGAAUAAGUUGUUUAAUGCAGUGAAAAAUAAUAUAUUUUAUAUUAUUCUUAACAAAAUGCCCGAUUAUUAUGCAAAAGAUUGCAAGAGUCGGUAUGGUGAAAAUCGAAAAAAUCAAUUCCAAUUACAAUGAGAGCACAUUCACGGCAUAAAGAUCUCAUUUCACAGAAUACCAACGAACUUAGAAAAGCGGAAACAAUGGCUGGAUGAAAUGCAACUAAACAACAGUGAAAUACCAAAAAAUGCAACGUUUUGCUCACUUCACUUUCAGGAAACCGAUCUGGAUCGAACAUCGCUAGCUUGUGUAAGAGUUAAACCUGGUGCUUUGCCACAUAAAAAUGUGGAAAUUGAUAACAGAGGACUGGCUACCAAAGGUGUAAAAUUGUUUAAUAACAAUUCUCUCGACAUCAAUCAAAAUCAUGAUGAUACCGAGCGGAAUUGCAGCACACCUCAUCGUCAAUUAAAUAAUCGUCCAGAUUCUUUGGAUGAUACACCUCGGAAAAGGAUGCUCAGGACUGUGCUCAAAAAUACACGAGAGCGUUACAAGAAGAAAGUGAAAAUUCUACAGCAGAAACAGCGAAGAUCAACGAAGCGCAUUGCGACAUUAAAGGAAAUAUUGAAGUCUUUGAAACAAAAGAACCUUCUUAAUGCCGAACAAGUAGAUGUUUUAAAAGACUUGGGUAUGUUCAAUCAACAAUUAUUAAAACGUCAAAUUAGCCGUAUUAAAAAAUCUCCCGGAUCUAAAAUGUAUGAGCCAGAAUUAAGAAUGUUUGCAUUAACAUUGCAUUUUUAUUCCCCACGCGCUUACACGUAUGUUCGGAAAAAAUUUAAUACCGCAUUACCACAUCCUAAAACAAUUUGUAAGUGGUAUAAGUCAGUUAACGGUGAGCCUGGCUUCAAUAAAGAAGCAUUAGAGUCGAUAAAAACUCGUGCUGAGCAAGUCGAUUAUCCACUUUUUGGUGCUCUCAUUUUUGAUGAGAUGUCAAUAAGACAGCAUAUAGAAUACGACGGGAACAAAUAUAGUGGCUACGUAGAUUUAGGUUCUGAAAUUAACUGUGAUAGCGGAGCAGUAGCCAAGAGGCCUUAGUGUUUCUAGUCAAUUGUAUUAAUGUCUCUUGGAAAAUUCCCAUUGCAUAUUUUUUAACUGCUGGGCUUAAUGCCGAACAAAAAGCUAAUUUAGUUCGACAAGCUCUAACAUUAUUACACGAACAUAAUAUAAAUAUUGUUUCCGUAACAUUUGAUGGCGCAGCGACUAAUUUAAGUAUGGCCUCUAUUCUCGGCUGUAAUUUUCAUACUGCAACUUUUCAGACAUACUUUUUACAUCCAAUGACAGAGAAACAUGUCACGGUGUUUCUGGACUAAUGUCAUUCUUUGAAAAUCUUACGUAAUUAUCUUGGAAAUCAUAAAAUUAUCAUUGAUGACAACAAAGACACAAUCCAAUGGGACUUUUUCAAGAAGCUUCACAACUUGCAAGAAAAGGAAUGUCUGCACUUGGGUAACAAAUUAAGAGCGCGACAUAUACAUUUCUAUAAACAAAAAAUGAAAGUAAAGUUGGCUGCACAACUUUUCAGUGCUUCCGUAGCUGAUGCGCUGGAAAUUUGUAGAAGCGACUUGGAGCUUCCCGAAUUUGCUCAGUCGGCACCAACAAUAAGAUUUAUACGAAUUAUAAAUGACGUAUUUGAUAUUAAAUUCAAGAAAUAUGAAACAAAAGGGAUUUAAACAACCUCUACAUAAGGGUAAUAGUUCCAUUAUUUUAAAUAAAUUAGAGGAAUGUUACGUUUACCUAUCACAAUUGCGCAAGGCAGACAAUGAUCAAUUAUUAAGUUAUUCGAAAAAUAAGUUAUCUGUAAUCGGUUUCAUGAUUUGCAUUAAAAGUUUAAUGAAAUUAUAUACUGAUUUAAUUGUUAAUCAAAACGUGCUGAAAUAUAUUCCUGUAUAUAAAAUUUGUCAAGACCAUAUUGAAUUAUUGUUCGGCACGAUACGUUCACAAGGAGGUUGCAAUAACAAUCCAACAGUUAGACAGUUUAAGGCAGCUUAUAAAAAAAUAAUUGUUCAUAUAGAUACCGUAGAAACAACCACAGGCAAUUGCAUUCCUCUAGAAGCAGUCUCAAUUUUACACGUGUCCGCUAAUUCGAGUGACAUUAUAAAUCGUUCAACAUCAAAAUCACAACUAUUCAGCGACAGCCAAACCGAAAAUGAAAAUGAUCAUUUGCCUUUUCUGCUCGAUAAUGUAACUUGUUCGGAAUAUUCAACACGGGUUAUCGCAUAUAUUGCCGGUUUCAUUGUUAGACAUUUAAAAAAAACCAUACAUUGCGAAACCUGCAUUGAAGCGUUAAUAGGUCAGGAAACGCAUAUUGAAUGCUCGCUCAUUAAUCUUAAAAAUCGCGGAGGCUUGUCAUUGCCAUCACACGAUGUAAUUGCAAUUUGCAAUAAAGCUGAACGAGUAAUACGAUUUGCUUUACGCGAAACCAAUGGCAAAUCGGUUCUGCACCGAAUUAGCGAAACUUCUAUAGUACAUGAAAUUUUACAACAAUGUAUCGACACAAAUUUAUUUUCAAGCUUAAGAGAACAUCUCUAUGACCAAGAUGCCUUGUAUAAUCAUAGUUACCAUCUUUUAAAAGUAAUCGUAUGCAAAUACGUAAAAAUUCGAUUAUAUUUUAUUAGUCGUACGGAUUCGGUUAAUAAUCUCGUAAGUGUAAGAAAUUCAUUAAAUAAAUUAGUCUUAUUUAAAGGACAGUGAAAACAUCGUAAUGCUAUUUUUUAUCUUUCUUUAUAAGCUCUAACAUAUGUAUGAGAUUUUUUAUAUUUCCCUACAAACUAUGUGUGAAGAUCUAUGAAAGCAAUAUAUUGAAACAAAUUAUAUUGCUUAAUGAAGCAAUAUAGUUCUUUCUUUGAUUUUGAUUUUUUCUUUUCUUAUAUAAUGUCCUUUUAUUUCUUAAUGUAAUUUUACUUUUUAUAAUUAAAUUUCAUGUCAAUAGGUUACACAAAUACUAUUAUAUCAUUAUUAUUAAUGUACAAAUUUUAAUAUUAUAUGUAAGAAGAAAUAAAAACAAAUUUAUA